ACCUAACAUGCGCAGCGACAAAGACUGCGAGCCCGAACCUAUGGGGAAGGAAUAAAAAAAGAAAUUCCGUAUCGUCGCACUCUGUACUUAAAGACCAUUAUUUUCGGAGGAGCUCGCUGUCCUGGGGCCUUCGUAAAGAGACCGAAAUUUGACUGAGACAAGGCCGGAUUUAGAGUCAGCGUGAGGCUGGUGAAUUCGCUGAAGAAGACUGUAGCAGCUGGCAGAUUUUCCGUUGGACGGUCUGUAGGCUAGGGUAUAGCGAGGGAGCCGCCAUGGCAGUCGGAUCAUUGAGCCUCCACAUCGGGAUAUGAAGUGGAACUGCAUGUGUCCCGAAUCGUUAAGAAAACGCCGCAUUUAUCCCCGAUCCGCACCGGAUCAGCAUCUGAACUAACUCUCUCUUCAUCUCUGUGAAAUUGAUUCCACACCCAGAAAGAAAUUAGCAUUGGUUUUAACAGUGGGGCCACAGGGAGAGGCCAGAUUCAUGACUAUUUUAGUCGGAUACGUGUCUUCAAAGGCCCGCUGAAAGAAAACCUGGAACACAAGGAGGAAACGAUGCUCUGAUUGACCAUCGGUGGAAUAGAAAGGGUCAUUUAUUGGCGAUACGAAGUAGUGUGAAGGAUCCAGGGGAUAAGGGGAUCUCUUUCUAGCUGACCUCCCUGUGAAUUACAGUGAUAUUAUUUUACUGUCAUCCUUUUUGGAUGAGAAGGUUCGGCGAAUCGAUCAGCUCUGCCGUUUAGCAAGUCACAGUCUCCGAGUCGAGGGAAUCAAAGGGAUUGGAUCAUGUCGGGUCGGCCCAGGACCACAUCCUUCGCGGAGAGCUGCAAACCAGUGCCGCAACCCUCUGCUUUCGGCAGCAUGAAAGUCAGCAGGGAUAAAGAUGGCAGCAAGGUAACGACAGUUGUGGCCACUCCAGGCCAAGGCCCUGACCGGCCACAGGAAGUCAGCUACACGGACACCAAGGUCAUCGGCAAUGGCUCUUUUGGUGUCGUCUACCAAGCUAAACUCUGCGACUCUGGGGAGCUGGUGGCCAUCAAGAAGGUCCUGCAAGACAAGAGGUUUAAGAAUCGUGAGCUGCAGAUCAUGAGGAAAUUGGACCACUGCAACAUAGUCCGCCUGCGCUACUUCUUCUAUUCCAGUGGAGACAAGAAAGAUGAAGUGUAUCUGAAUUUGGUUCUGGACUACGUUCCCGAGACUGUCUACAGAGUGGCCAGACACUACAGCCGAGCCAAACAGACUCUGCCAAUGGUUUAUGUGAAGUUGUACAUGUACCAGCUCUUCAGGAGCCUGGCCUACAUUCACUCGUUUGGUAUCUGCCAUCGGGACAUCAAACCCCAGAAUCUGCUGCUGGAUCCAGAGACGGCCGUGCUCAAACUCUGCGACUUUGGCAGUGCUAAGCAGCUGGUCCGCGGAGAGCCUAACGUGUCCUACAUCUGCUCUCGCUACUACCGAGCCCCUGAGCUGAUCUUUGGUGCCACUGACUACACUUCCAGCAUAGAUGUGUGGUCAGCCGGCUGCGUAUUGGCCGAGCUGCUCCUAGGACAGCCGAUCUUCCCUGGUGACAGUGGGGUGGACCAGUUGGUGGAAAUUAUUAAGGUUCUCGGCACCCCGACUCGAGAACAGAUCCGUGAGAUGAACCCCAACUACACCGAAUUCAAAUUUCCCCAGAUUAAGGCACAUCCUUGGACUAAGGUGAGUCAACAGGUGUUCCGGCCACGUACGCCUCCAGAGGCCAUCGCCUUGUGCUCCCGGCUGCUGGAGUACACGCCCACGGCCCGCCUAACACCCCUAGAGGCGUGCGCGCACUCCUUCUUUGACGAGCUGCGCGACCCCAGCGUCAAACUGCCCAACGGGAGAGAGAAGCCCUCGCUCUUCAACUUCACUACCCAGGAACUAUCUAGUAAUCCCUCUUUGGCCUCCAUACUCAUCCCUGCCCACGCCCGCAGCCAGGCUGCCGCCUCCACCCCAACCAAUGCGUCUGCCACCACAGCUGCUCAACUGAGUACUUCCUCUUCCUGUUCAUAGAUGGCAGCAGCACAGAGCGAGGUCCCACCACCACCACCGCCUCUGCCUCAGCUUCCAACUCCACCUCCUGAGCCCACAGAGCACCUGCCCCGCCCCGGUCUCAGCCCCAGCCCACAGCCUCUCCAUUGCUCUGGCCAGGGGGUGAGCUCUGCUCAGCUCUGCUCUGCCCUGCUCCUCUCCCUGACAGCAGCGGAGCGAUGCUGAAGCAGGCCGGGUUCGACAGCUAACUGACCACAAAACGAGCAUCCCCAAUCUGCCUCUUUAACCCCCAAACCGGCCUCCUCAUACAGCUGUUUGAACUCUUCUCCAUCCUCCGUCAAAGAUACCUCUCCGUGCCCUCUUAACGGGGACGUGAACCGCAGGGCCAGAGGUGUUGUCGACUGUACUAUUGAUAAAAGUACACUGUACAUGUAUACACAAUGCUAGCCUGCUAAUGUUUGUAAGAGGACAAUCUGUAGAAAAGUCCUAAGCUGUCCCCCUUUUUGCCCUAUUUCUCCCUCUAUAUCUGGCCUCCCUCUACAUUGUUCCAUUUUUCUGCAUCCUUUGACCUCUGACCCCUCUGUACCCUGGCCAACCCCUCUGUCCCCUGGCCAACCCCUCCCCCGCCCCAAAUGCCCCCUUUUGGUUCCUUCUGUAGUGCAUGGCCUGAGUAUGGUAGGAUCACCUGGGGGUCACCAAGCCCUCUCACCUCCACUUCUGCAGACAAGGCAUGAGGCUCACGCACGCGUAUACACACACACUUACACACACCCUCAGACACACACAAACAUACCCUCAGGCACACACACACAUACACACACCCUCACACACAUGGAUGCAUGAUGAUCCUGGUGUAUGUGGGAAGAAGCAGUCCUCUUUCUGAGGACGUUUGGACAGUGUUGUUUUGGUUUUUUUUUCCUCCUUUGCCCGGGGUUCUUUUUUUAAAAAGGUUAAGAAGCUGUUUUACUCAACGUUGUUUUUAAGUUUCAUUUCUUUUUUUUUGUUCUUCUGGGCAGAUGUCUUUUGGAUUGCCAUGUGUGAUGGAUGUGACAUGUAUCUGGUCCUGUGUGCUUGUAUAAUAUAUACAUACAAUACAAAACAAACAUGCAUACACAGUUUAUAUAUUACUUUUCCUUAUGUAUAAAAAGUAUAUAUAGAUAUAUGUAUAUUAACUACAAUGGUUCAGAAAUCAUUUAUGAUGAGCUCAUAUCUGGCAGAGCAGUGGCAAUAUUUGCUGCUGCCUAAAGACAAUAGGUUUAGAUAAGGUGGUGUUUUAUUUUUUCUGUUUUAUUUUUAUUUUAUUUUAUGUUUGCUGGAGUCUGGUUCGAUUCCAGCAGCCACUUCCCUGUGUUGUCUGUAUUAAGGCUGUAGAUGGAUUUAGGGCAUCGCUCUAUUCCCCCCCCCCCGUCUUUGUACUGACUCCGUCUGUAACGGCGUUUCUGUGACAGUGCAGCGUCUAGACAAACACGUUCUCCCGUCUAGAACCUCUCUCUCUUACCGUCUCUGUGAAGAAUUCGAGAUUCAUUUUCACCCUCGACUCUUGGCCGGGGUCUUUGGUGCACCGCCGCCUGCCUCGCGUGUCGUGACCACUGACUGAAUCGUUCGCCGAGCGUUCUUUCUCCUCCACCUGCAGCACAUAGAACCACUGGGUACAGUCUGACGAAUUGUCUUAUUUACGGAGAAUACUCACUACAUUUAAAAAAAAACAAAACAAACAAAAAAACAAAAAACAAACGAAAAAUGGAAAGAAAAAAACUGAAUUUGUAUAUACAGCAUAAAUGCUCCUCACCAAAAUCCUGACUUGUAUGACUUGUAUGUUGUUUUUUAUGUUAUGUUGAUUUUUUUUUUUUUUUUUCCAUGUUGUGUUCAAGGUAUGUAUAUAUGCAGACCCAUGUACUGUUUAUGAGCAAAAACAAAGAUGACAAAGGGUGAGGGAACGAAAUGAAAAAGACUUAAAAAAAAAAAAAAAACAGAAUCAGGG